ACAAACAAAAGCGUACAUUCAAUUGUUGGGUUAUCUAAGCAAUCAUGCAUGCAUUUUCAAUGUGGGAUGGUUUAUGUAGUUAGUUAUGUUUGUUGCUUAGUAACCUGAGCCAAGCUGCAUUCCAGAGUUGAUGACACCAUUUAGGGGGUUUUGCAUAUGAAAUGGGAAAUGGGAGUAUCCUUUCUGGGGACACACAGGAAGUGAUGUACAGAUGCCUCUUCCUGUCUUCUCCUCCCUCUUCGCUCCUGCCAUGCCAUGCUGAUGUUCCUGUUUGUUAAGAGAUAUGUAGUAUCCUGAACUGUUUUUCUUUGGAACUAAGAUGUUUUUGCCUGUAUGACCAUCAUCAUACAAGAUUAGAAAGAAACUCUGAGUGCUAUGAAGGUGAGAGGUGUCUUCCAGACAUUUGGAGGACUCUGCUGCAUUCUAUGGCUAUCGUUGUGUUUUCUUGCCGAACUGGAAGGUGGUGGAAAGGUCCUGGCUUCAACACCAGCCGAUGUGCUUUUUGAUCCAAACACUGCACACCCAAAUCUCCAUGUGUCUCCAAACAAGAAGAAGGUGACGUGGCUACCUGAACCCCAAAAUGUGCCUGACAACCCAGAGAGAUUCAAUGCCACCUAUUGCUUGCUGGGUACUCCAAGAUUCACCAAGGGGAAACAUUACUGGGAAGUGGAGUAUGGAGGCCAGAGGGAGUGGGUCGCAGGGGUGGCCCGGGAGUCCGUGCAAAGGAAAGGGUUUGUCAGAAUGACGCCCAAGGAAGGGAUUUGGCAGAUGGGUCUUUGGUGGCUUCGUCGUGGGGAGAUGGAUUCCCACCCACCUCCCAAGCACCCUGCAAAGAUCCGGAUAUCUCUGGAUUAUGAGCAGGGGACAGUGACUUUUUACCUGGAGAAUAAGGUCAAUGUACAAAAAGUCUCUUUUAAAGGGGAGAGUGUUCGCCCCUUCUUCUAUGUAGGGCCAACUGUUUCACUUGGACUCUGAGUGAAGCAGAUUUCAUGAGAUCCCAGAAGCUGCAGAUGGAGACAGGACAAUGGAGAUUUUCCUAGAAUGACCCACAAUUCAUUAAACAAAACACAUUUUAAUUGACUAUGGGUACACUCUUUGACAGAUAAGGCUAAAAACCUUGUAAAAAUACAACUCCCAUGAUUCCAUAACAUUGAGCCAUGACAGUUGAAGUGGGCUACACAGCACCAAUUUUCAGUUGUAUUAUUCUUUUUUCAGUAUAAAAAGAAGGAAUGAGUCAUUUAGCACCUUUAAAACUAUUUUUUUCUGCAUAAGUGAAGUAAUGCACAGAAUUUUGCAAUGAAGCCUUUAGCAAAAAAAAAAAAACAUCCAAGCUGAGUUCAUAAAACCAAAAGGACUAGAGAUCAUAAUGCAAAUAUAUGUUGGCUAAUUUUAUUUAGAAGUGAGUUGAGAAUACAGUUAUAAUGUAAAGAAAAACCACAAACAAAGUAAAUAAAGGGUUGUUGUAUGGUUUCCGGGCUGUGUGGCCAUGUUCCAGAAGUAUUCUCUCCUGACGUUUCACCCACA